CCUGUUGGAAAAAAAAGGUUAUGUUAAAAUUUAAAAUAUAUUCGGUGUUCGUUGGGAUAAAACAUAGUGGUGGUGGAUAUUAACACGGCGUUGUUUUCUUUUUAAAUUUGGGAUCAAAGUUUAGGUUAAUAACAAUCCAUUUACUUGGAUUAGCUAAGAUGGGUGGUUCAUCGAGCAAGGAAGAGGAAAAUAAAAGCACCGUGUCACCAGUGAUUGCAGCUACCGCACAAGCAGCAGCUGUUAACGAGCCCGUGGCUUCUGUUUCGAGACCUGAAAAUAAACCAACGUUGAAAACACCGACACAAGUUACAAAAGAUGACGGGGAAGUUGGGGGCAGCCGUUUGGAGAUCGGGUCAAAAAGUGACGUUGGUGUACGGAAAUUGUUGCUUUCGCACAGGAGAAGAUUGAAGGGAUCAGCAACCGGGAAUCCAAGUACAAAUCACAAUGCAACGGUUAUAAAGUUAACGAGGAAAAAAGAGAGUGCGUUCGUGUGCGUGUCCAUAGAUUUUGGAACAACAUAUAGCGGAUAUGCAUACUCUUUCAAAUCUAGUCCCACUGCUAUCAUCGGAAGGGGCAGGGGAAAACAAAUCAAGACGCCAACCGUUGUUUUACUGGAUCCUCAAAAAGAGAUGGUUGCUUUCGGAGAUGAGGCAAAAACGAAAUAUCAAGAGCUUGUGAAAUUGAAAAAUCACAGAAACUGGUACCUGUUUGAGCGAUUUAAAAUGGCUCUCUUCACAAGGGACGGACCCCUAGAUAAAGACAUGGUUAUCGAAGACAUUUUGGGAAAGAAAAUGGAGGCUAUAGAGAUUUUCAGCCACGCUAUCCGCUUCAUAAAAACAGAGGUUAUGAACACCCUUACGGACAAAAAACAAAUGGCCGAUAUGGGCGAUUUUGGAAUCAGCAGCGAAACGGAUGUUCAUUGGGUACUUACAGUUCCGGCAAUCUGGAAUGAUCUUUCGAAGAAAUUUAUGAGAGAUGCUGCAACAAAAGCAGGUAUUCCAGACGAUCUGCUUACACUUGCAUUGGAGCCCGAGGCUGCAUCGCUAUACUGUAAAGAACAACUGGGUGUUAGCCAUCUGCCAGCGGGCCAGCGUUACAUGGUCUUAGAUCUCGGAGGUGGCACUGCCGACAUAACCGCCCAUGAGGUGAAUCCAAACGGAACAUUGUCAGAGAUAUACCAACCGACCGGCGGAAAUUUUGGCGGGACAAAUGUGGACAAUAAAUUCAUAAAUACGCUCGUUCAAAUAUUAGGCGCUCCACUUUUUCAGAAAUUUAAGCAAGAUUUUAUGGAUGAAUACCUUGAGUUCAUGCAGAAUUUUGAAAUAAAGAAACGGAACUUCGAUAGUACCGAACGCAUAACAAUAAGAUUCCCUGUACAACUUAGGGAGAAGUAUGAAGAAGAAGUAGGCGAAACAGUUGAAUCAUCUUUAGGGCAAAAGCCGUUUGCGAAACAAUUGGAAUUCAAAAAUGACAAAUUAAUAAUUUCUGUUGAUAUGGUAAAGUCGUUUUUUGAUGAGCCGCUUGAAAGAAUAAUUAAAAUAGUUGAAGACGUGGUCGAAAAUGUGAAACCAAUUAAUCACAUUUUACUGGUUGGUGGAUUUUCUGAGUCUCCAUUCCUACAGUCUGUUCUGCGAAACAAGUUUGGUAAAAUGGUAAUUAUUCCACAAGAACCAUCAUUGGCUGUAUUGCACGGGGCAGUCAUGUACGGCCACAAACCACUAGCCAUAGCAGCAAGGGUUUGCAAAUAUACCUAUGGGAUAGCUCGGUUAAUGAAAUUUAAACCGCAUCAUCCACAAAAUAAAAAGAUACAAAUUGAUGGUACGGACUAUUGUGAUGCUAUUUUCAAUAAACAUAUUGAAAUCGGAACUAAAAUUAGCGAAGCAGAUGCGGAAAAUGUGACGGCGCACGAAUAUUUUCCCUCAUCUUCAGUCAUGAAGCAGGCUGUUUUGGAAAUUUAUGCUAGUCCCAAAAAGAAUCCAAAAUUUGUGGAUGAGGAUGGAUGCCAGUUUGUGGGGUUGAUAAAGAUGGAUAUCGAUCCCGAAGGUGAUAUUUUUUCAAAACUUUUGGUUAAACUCAUGUUUGGUGGGACUGAGCUGCGUAUACAGGUCACUGAUGUGAAACAUAACACUGUCACAAACGCAUGUGUUGACUUCCUAGGAUAAGGGAAUCAGUAACUCUGAAAGUGGAAAUCUUACAUUGAACACACAAACAUUAUUGUUUGUUUUAUGCAUGUUUUACUUGUGAUAUGUUAUCACCAGAUAUGAUUUAUUACAUUCAGAUAUUUGAUUUAUGUAAUUGAUAGUCAACAACUGUUAUUGGUUUCUAUAAAAAGUGUGAUCAUUGUUUUCUUCUAGAAAUUCUAUCGUCAACAAAUGCAUUAUGUUUUGCUGGUUUCAUUAAGUAUUGUCUUGUUUUAUAUUCUGUGUUUAUUUGUGUUUAUAUUUGCAAAGCGUUUUAUAUUCUAAUAUAAGUUUUUUUUUCAAAUCAUUCCGCAAGUUAUGGCCUAUUUAAACCACAAUUAAUUGUGUUAAAAAGGUCCGGUAUUACAAAUAUUGUAUCCAUUAUUGUGAUGAUAACAAGCGCAUUUUGCCAUUUGUAAUAAUUAAUUGUAUGUGUCAUUCCAUCGUUUUAAUGGAGCAUUUGAAAGUACAAACUUACUUUACAAUAAUAUUACCUCUUUAAAAUGAUUGUCGAUGCAUUGUUUGGCGAAAUUCAAACUCACAUAGGUUUGUUUUUAAGCGAAAUCUAAAUUGCCAAUUCUUCAACCUGCAUGUUCGGCAGAAGUUAUGAGUACAU